CCGUUUCCCCAUCCUGGAGAAAUUAGGAUGAAGGAUCUAGAUUGGAUAGAGGGUGGAAAAAUGUUUCCUUUCGUGUAAGGAGCAUGGUGCCUCCUCUUGCUUUCCUGCUUCGAGACCAGGGAGUCACUGCCGUCCUCUACGUUCGGGACUCGGCAAAAGGGGCGGGUCAGCGCCUGGGAUUGGCUGUUAUCGUCCGACCCCUCUUACUGCUCUCCACUCUUUCUCUCCUGCAGGCGCCUGCGCAAUGGGUUGGCCGUGGGGGGCGGGAAGCGCUUCGGGGCAGUGGAGCCCAUGUCGGCCUUGAGGCGUUCGGGCUACGGCCCCAGUGACGGUCCGUCUUAUGGUCGCUACUACGGGCCUGGGGGUGGAGAUGUGCCAGUGCACCUCCCCCCGCCCAUAUAUCCUCCCCUUCGCCCCGAACCUCCCCAGCCUCCCAUUUCCUGGCGGGUGCGCGGGGGCGGCCCGCCUGAGACCACCUGGCCCGGAGAAGGCGGAGGUGGAGAUGGCUACUAUCCCUCCGGGGGCGCCUGGCCGGAGCCGGGUCGAGCUGCAGGAAGCCACCAGGAGCAGCCACCAUAUCCUGGCUACAGUUCUAACUACUGGAAUUCUCCUGCACGACCUAGGGCCCCAUACCCAAGUACAUAUCCUAUCAGACCAGAUUUGCAAGGCCAGAGUUUGAAUUCUUAUACAAAUGGAGCAUAUGGUCCACCAUAUCCCCCAGGCCCUGGGGCAAAUACUGCCCCAUAUUCAGGGGCUUAUUAUGCACCUGGCUAUUCUCAGACCAGUUACUCUACAGAAGUUCCAAGCACUUAUCGAUCACCUGGCAACAGCCCAACCCCAGCCUCUCGUUGGAUGUAUCCCCAACAGGACUGUCAGACUGAAGCGCCCCCUCUUAGAGGGCAGGUUCCAGGAUAUCCUGCUUCACAGAACCCCGGAAUGACCCUGCCCCAUUAUCCUUAUGGGGAUGGUAAUCGUAGUGUUCAGCAGUCAGGACCAACUGUACGACCACAAGAGGAUGCAUGGGCUGCUUCUCCUGGUGCUUAUGGGAUAGGCACCCGCUACCCCUGGCCUUCAGCUGCGCCCUCAGUACCACCUGGGAAUCUCUACAUGACUGAAUCAACUUCAUCAUGGCCUAGCAGUGGCUCUCCUCAGCCACCUCCUUCACCACCACCCCAGCAGUCCAAGGAUUCCUCAUACUCCUAUAGCCAAGAUCAAGGCAUGAACCGGCACAACUUUCCUUGCAGUGUCCAUCAGUAUGAAUCCUCCGGGACAAUGAACACUGAUAAUUCAGACCUUUUGGAUUCCCAAGUCCAAUAUAGUGCUGAGCCUCAAUUGUAUGGUAAUGCCACCAAUGAGCAUCCUGGCAAUCAAGAUCAGAGUAAUAAUCUUCCUGAAGAAUGUUUAUCUUCAGAUGAAGGUACUCCUCCAAGUAUUAAAAAAAUCAUACAUGUAUUGGAGAAGGUCCAGUAUCUUGAGCAAGAAGUAGAAGAGUUUGUAGGAAAAAAGACAGACAAAGCAUACUGGCUUCUGGAAGAAAUGCUAACAAAGGAACUUUUGGAACUGGAUUCGGUUGAAACUGGGGGACAGGACUCUGUCCGGCAGGCCAGGAAAGAGGCUGUUUGUAAGAUCCAGGCCAUACUGGAAAAAUUAGAAAAAAAAGGAUUAUGAAAGGAUUUAGAACAAAGUGGAAGCCUGUUAAUAACUUGGCCAAAGAACUCUUGAUUUUGGUUAGUUACUGUCUUUUUGAAAUGCCUGUUGAUGACAAGAAGCAAUACAUUCCAAAUUUCCUUUGAUUUAAUUUAAAACUUAAAAAGUUGGUAAAGGAAUGGAAGAACACUUUAGUUAUGAGAUUUUCAGUUCUCAGACGAAUGAAUGUAAUAGGAAACUGGAAUUACUAAUAUUGCCAAGUAGACUCACUUCUUAAGAAAUUUGGGGACAUUUUUAAGCAGCUUCUUAUCAGCAGGAGAGAAAUGCAUUUCAUGUAACAGGCUAUCAGAAACCUACCAGAUGAAACUGGAUAUAAUCUGAGACAAACAGAAUCUGUUUUUGUAAACAUCUGGAUUACUUGUCAACAUUUUUGUACAUUGUGACUGUUUCAGUGUAGACACUUCAUUGUAAAUUACAGCUUAGACUUUAGCCUUCUUGGACUUCUGUUUUAUUAUUUGCAGUUCACGAAUAUAGUAUUAUUCUCUACUUGGUACGUUUUGUAGUAAUAUGUUUAAUAUAAUUAUUCAAAAGACUAUAUUGACAGCCAGAUAAUAUGGCAAUUCUGAAUGGAUUUAUGUCUUUUCAUCACUUGAAUAUAUUGCAAUGUGUAGUGAAUUCUUGAGGUAAAUUGUCAUCCUUUUUUGUAUAGCACGUUUAGUUAGAGUUCUUAACACUUCUACUUUUCAUAGUAGUAGUGGAAGGUGAAUUUGGAAAUGACAUUGGUACAAGAAUUAAAUGUUUAUGGACAUUUUUCUUUUUUAUUGUAUUUGGAUAAAGAUCCACUUAAAAUUACUUUAAAAAAAAAGUAUAAUUAUCUUUUUACUAUUGCUGCUUCUACAGAAAGCCUGUGAUAGAUACAGAUGAAAAAUCAAUGCCAUAAUGAAUAUAAAUAAUGACUCCAAAAAGUAAUAAAUAUUAUUUGACACAAGGCCCUUUGAUAAUAUUGUUUUCCAUCUAAGUUAUCAGUUUUGCUAUAUAAGAUCCCUGUGGGCAGAUUUCAGCUCAAUUUAUAUUUAAAAUAAUGAUGGGAAAAGGAGAUGCUCAGGGAGUAAAUCAUGUAUACAGUGGGAAAUUAUUUUCUUUUUGUUUCUUAGAUAAAUUUCAUAGAUUUUUGUUUGUUUGUUUCAUAAAAGAUGUAACUAUUAACUGAUUUUAGAGCCCAAUUUAAGAGAAAGCAUAUGGAAAGGGUCUCAACUGGCCUUGUUUGGGUACCUAUGUGCUAUUGUAUAGAAGAGAUUUAGGUAAGUAACUUUUACAUCUGAGUUCUAGUAUACUAUAAGUGCUUUUAGGAAAAUAGCUUUUUCUUUUUCUUUUUUUUUUUUGGUGGGUGUUAGGGGGUGUAGGGCCUUGCACAUGCUAGAUAAGUGCUCUACCAAUGAACUACAACCCCAGCUGUUUCUUAAUAAGAUAUCCAAGUGAUAAUAUUUUUCCUAGACUGCCAAGCCUAUUAAUGAUAUUAAAUCUGUCACCCAACUCCUCUAUUCAUAACUAAGUAAACUAAUAAAAACAUGUUAAAUGAUGAUAUGAAAUGUAGUAAAAAUAUUGAAUAUUGGCUGGGGCUUAUGAUUGGGAUGAGUGAUUCUACAGGAUAAUAUGAUGAUAAUUUAUCCUAGGAUUUUUAUAUUUGGCCUAAUACAGGAAUGUUUUAAAACAGACUUUUUUUGUGAAAAUUAGAAAAUUUUACUUAAGACUUUAGAAAGUGGAGAAACUUAAAGCCAAGUUACCAACGGUACAGUGACUAAUUCUAAAGGGAACUUUGCUAUUGCUAUUUAAUUACUGAGUGCCCAAGAUGAUAAUUUCCACAAAGUCUUGAUUUUUACAUAUAUAUACACAUACAUUAUGCACAAAUAUACACAUAUGCAUGUGUAUCUUUUCAAGUUAUUUUUUAAACUUUUGAGAUGGGAUUUUAGACUAUAGAAGAGUUGUAAAAAUACUACAGGUCCUGUAUACCCUUCACCCACCUUCUUCUUAUGUUGACAUCUUAAAAAACCAUAGAAUAUUUGUCAAAAUUAAGAAAUUAACCUUGCUACAUGGUAUUAAAUAGAGAGUUAAAAGUAACUUUUAUUAGUCUUUUUACUAAUGCCCCUUUAUUCUAGGAUUGAUUCCAGGAUCCCAUCUUGCAUUUAAUUGUCAUGUCUCCAUAGUGUCUUCCAGUCUGUGACAAUGUACAUUAACAGGAUACCUGAUGUAAUGUAUUUCUGGUGGUGUUAACUUCAAUCACUAUGCUAAGGUGAUGUCUGCUAGAAUUCCCUACUGUAUACUAUAUUUUCCUUUUUAAUUACUAAAUAUUUGCUAGAGAUACUUCAGACUAUGCAAAUGACCUGUGUCUGCAUAAACUUUUGCCUACUUCUUUUACUAUUCAUUGGCAGAUCUUGCUUGUGGCAGUUACUACUGUGGUGUUCUAACAGUGCUUUUCUAUUUCACUUAUUUCUUCUACAUUUAAUAAUUGGAAUUAUUCUUAAGGAAGAGCUGUCACUUUUGGAUUUAUAUUUUUAAUUAUAAUUAAGAUAUUCAGGAUAGGUACAAACUUAAAAGAUAUAAACCAAGUUAAAAUGAUUAUAAAUACCAAUAUCAAAGAAAACUAAGUUGAUUACCUGUCACAGAAAAUACAGUGAACUUAAGAUGAAAAUAGUAUUUAUGAUUCGUAGAAUUUGUUCAACUUUUUUAAUAUUGACUUCAAACUGAAAUCUUUUUAUUUAAUUUCAUGCUCAGACUUUUAAAAGUGUCUAAAUUUAUAUUACUUUGGGGAUCAUUUUUGUCAAAAUCUUGAGUAAAGUUACCCAGAGCUGGCAUGAUAAACACAGCUGUUUUCUUUAUUAUAAGCCACAGUUGUUCCAAAUAUAGAUGUUAAUGUAAACAUUUAAACAAAUCAGCCAAAUGAAGAAUCUAGGACAUGGUUUAUGUUUGUCUCUGUAUGUUGCUUAGAAUUUUUAAAA